GAUGCUGUGGAGUAGUGACUGUUCUUUUUCUCGGCUCCGCAAAAAAGGUAGGUUUGAGGCGGCGUGGAAGAGGCGGUGGACCGGAUGGGCAUUUGAGGAGGCUUCGUAAACACUUUGUGUACGCGGCCAAUCCCGAAUAAACAAGCUGUGGCCCUCGGCUUUACAUCAAACGGGACGAUAGAGUGAGGCUUCCUUCCAACGGGCAUUAGAAGGAUUGGAGUUGAGAGUCAGGAGCUGCCGGAGUUUCGAGCUGAACGUCAUUGCGUUUCAGGCAGCGACCCCAGGGAGCAGGAAGUCUGACCCGGAAGUAACGAUGUACCGCCGGCCCGGGGAGAAGCAGUGGAAAUGCGGGGAUUGCGGGAAAGGUUUCACAUACCCGUCUCGGCUGGAGACCCACCGACGCAGCCACACCGGGGAGAGGCUGUUCACCUGCUCGGUGUGCGGGAAGGGCUUCGCUCAGUCGGCCCACCUCCUGAGGCACCAGUGGGUCCACACCGGGGAGAGGCCGCUGACCUGCCCAGUGUGCGGGAAGGGCUUCGCUCAGUCAUCCGACCUGCUGAGCCACCGGCGCGUCCACAGCGACGAGCGGCCUCACCAGUGCCCGGACUGCAGCCAGCGCUUCAAGAGCUCCCGGGAGGUGACGUGCCACCGGCGCGUGCACGCGGACAGCAGGCCGUUCCGGUGCUCCGACUGCGGUGCUGGGUUCAAGCGACCGUCCGAGCUCGCCGCCCACCGGCGGGCUCACACCGGGGCGAGGCCGUUUGCCUGCGCCGAGUGCGGGAAGGCCUUCGCUCAGUCGUCCUGCCUGCUGAAACACCGGCGGGUUCACGUCGCGGAGAGGCCGUUCACCUGCCCCGAGUGCGGCAGAGGGUUCACCCAGUCUUGCAACCUGCUGAGGCACCGGCGGGUCCACACCGACGACAGGCCCUUCGAGUGCACCGACUGCGGCAAGAGCUACAAGAGCUCCGGCGAGCUGAUGCGGCACCAGCGGGUCCACACCGACGAGAGGCCCUUCCGGUGCUCCCACUGCGGCGCCGGCUUCAGGAGGUCAUCCCAACUCACUGAGCACCGGCGGAUCCACACCGGGGAGAGGCCGUUCGACUGCCCGACGUGCGGGAAGCGGUUCACCCGCUCAUCCCACUUGCUAACCCACCGGCGGGUGCACACCGGGGAGAGGCUCUUCCAGUGCCCGGACUGCGAGAAGUGCUUCAAGAGUUCCUGGGAAGCCGCGUACCACCAACGGGUCCACAACGAGGAGAGGCCCUUCCGGUGCUCUCACUGCGGCGCCGGGUUCAGGAGAUCGUCUGACCUGAGUGAACACCAGCGGGUCCACACCGGGGAGAGGCCGUUCAGCUGCACGGUGUGCGGGAAGGGCUUCACUACGUCGUCCAACCUGCGGAGGCACCAGCGGGUCCACACCGGGGAGAAGCCGUUCAGCUGCACGGUGUGUGGGAAGCGGUUCACUCGGUUAUCCCACCUGCUGACACACCAGCCCCGUCACAGCUGACCGACAGUGAUGUUACCGAGCACGUCCGGGACUGAACCCCACGGCCAGGAGGCUGAUGGUAACAACACAUUCCAGUCCCAGAUAAAAACCGCAAGAACUGCGGAUGCUGUAAAUCAGAAACAAAAACAACAGGAAUUGCUGGAAAAGCUCAGCAGGUCUGGCAGCGUCUGUGGAGAGAAAUCAGUUUUGACUUUCCUCAGUUCUGAGGAAGGGUCACUCGAACAUAGAACUGUACAGCACAGUACAGGCCCUUUGGCCCAUGAUGUUGUGCCAAACUUUUACCCUAAACCUAAGGUCUAUCUGACCUCCACCCCUACCUUAUACUAUCAUCCAUAUGCCUAUCUAAUAGCUGCUUAAAUGCCCCUAAUGAGGCCCACUCCACCACCCUCUCCGGCAAUGCAUUCCACGCCCCUACCGCUCUCUGAGUAAAGAACCUACCUCUGAUGUCUUCCCCGUAUCUACGUCCACUCAUUUUAAAACUAUGCCCCCUCAUAAUAGCUACCUCCACCCUAGGAAAAAGUCUCUGGCUAUCCACUCUAUCUGUACCUUUGAUCAUCUUGUACACCUCUAUCAAGUCAAAGUCAAGUCACCCAACUCAAAACGUUAACUCUGAUUUCUCUCCACAGACGCUGUCAGAUCUGCUGAGCUUUUCCAGCAAUUUCCGUUUUCAGUUAUAGGUGCUAGUAUUUUGCAUAAAAGUCAAAUAAGUUUAGCUUUGCAUUGAACACGUAAAGUGUUGCAUUUAUUUUAUCAUUCCCAUCAAAGAGCAAUACCUUUUUGGAGCAGCCGUCUCUUGCAUCUGAAUCUCCAAAAGGUGCCUAUUCUUUGUCAUGAGGCUACCUCUGAAAUCGCUUCUGGUCCAAACCCUGAACUUGCAUCUUUUCUCCAAUUUCUGUGCUGCGUCGGGUUUCCUCUGGGUGCUCCGGUUUCCUCCCACAGUCCAAAGAUGUGCAGGUUAGGGUGGAUUGGCCGUGCUAAAUUGUCACAUAGUG